GUUUCUCCUUCCGGGUCAGGGGGACACGGAGGGGAGCAAACCAGAUAGUCUUAAUCUUCUUCUCCCUCCUCAGCUUCCCCCAAAGCCUCCGACUGAAGCUGCCUGCCCUUCCUUGGCUUUUUAAAAGCGGCCACACACCCCGACCCCUUCCACUCCACGUGCCUCUUCCAUCUCAUCUCUUCCCCUCCCCACUUCCUCUCCGGGCCGCGUCACUGGACCGGAAAAGUGCUCGAACAAAACCUACCGGUUGGCUCUUCGGGGCUCCUGGGAGGGCCGUUCCGGGUGAAGGGACCCCAAAUAAGAAAAUCCGGAGGCGGCGGCGGCGGCGGCGGCGGCGGCGGCGGCAGCAACAACAUGAAGAAGGAGCAGGUGCUCCACUGUCAGUUCUCUGCGUGGUAUCCUCUGUUCAGGAGCCUCACUAUCAAGAGUGUCAUUCUUCCACUGCCUCAGAAUGUGAAGGAUUAUUUACUUGAUGAUGGAACUCUGGUGGUCUCAGGAAGGGAAGAUCCACCAACACAUUCUCAACCAGACAGUGACAACGAGGGAGAAGAAGUUCAGUGGUCAGAUGAUGAGAAUACAACAACACUUACGGCACCAGAGUUUCCUGAGUUUGCCAUUAAAGUUCAAGAAGCCAUUAAUUCCCUGGGGGGUAGUGUAUUUCCUAAACUCAACUGGAGUGCACCAAGGGAUGCCUACUGGAUAGCAAUGAAUAGUUCUCUGAAGUGUAAAACCCUCAGUGACAUCUUUCUACUUUUCAAGAGUUCUGACUUCAUUACCCAUGACUUUACUCAACCGUUUAUUCACUGUACCGAUGAUUCCCCAGACCCUUGUAUGGAAUAUGAGCUCGUUCUUCGAAAAUGGUGCGAAUUAAUUCCUGGGGCUGAAUUCAGGUGUUUUGUCAAGGAAAAUAAGCUUAUUGGUAUAUCCCAGAGGGACUAUACACAAUACUACGAUCACAUUUCUAAACAAAAUGAAGAGAUCUGUAGAUCCAUACAGGAUUUUUUCAAGAAACACAUACAAUAUAAAUUCUUAGAUGAAGACUUUGUAUUUGAUGUAUACCGAGAUAGUAUGGGCAAAGUGUGGCUAAUUGAUUUCAAUCCAUUUGGUGAAGUAACAGACUCACUGCUGUUCACAUGGGAGGAAUUAAUAUUUGGAAAAAACUUAAAAGGCGAACAGAACGAAGGAGAGGCUCUGGAACAGGAUUCUCCAGCCUUUCGUUGCACAAACCGUGAAGUUACAGUACAACCAAGUCCCUACCUGAGUUACCGGCUACCUAAAGAUUUUGUAGACCUCUCCACUGGUGAAGAUGCUCACAAACUAAUAGACUUUCUAAAACUGAAAAGAAAUCAACAAGAAGACGACUGACAAGAGUCAUAGAGCCGAAGGCUUAAGUGAAGAGGAAAGCAUGCUUUCCCAAGGCUGUUUAGAGGCCAUCACUUCCUACCAACCUUAAGAAAGAAAAUCAGUUGCUUUUUGUAUUCAUGUAUAUUCAGCUAGAAAAAAAUGGAGAGGCUUUGCUACCAUGUAAAAAUAGCACAAUAAAUAGAGAACUUCAACAUAGGAAACCAUUUUGUUCUAGUGAUAUGAAACAUUUUGUAUGGUCUAAUUGGUCUUUUGACUCAGCCUGUCAAGCCAAAUUAAGCUAAGCUUCUUGCUGCAAUAGUUCUGUGCCCAAUAGGUAGGUGGAUAAACUUGUGUUGUUAUGCAAUAUUGAAGUUAGACUAAUUAGCCUUUCCCUUUGGAAAUAACCCCGGGUCGCUAUGGGUUUUCUUUCCUUCUUUCUUUUUAAAAAAGUUUUAAAGAGUUUCUUAUAAUCUUUGUAUCAACUUGAUCCUCAGUUUUUUGGAUCUAACAGAAAGUUCCCAGUUUCAUCAGAUUCUUACUGUUUUAUCUUCAUAUUAAUAUAGUGUAGUCAAAUUAUAAUGUAAAGUUAACUAUAAUUUGGGGAAGAUAUCCCCUUAUUUUGUUUUAAGAAUUAUGUGAUAUCAAUCUCCCAGUGGAUAAACCCUUGUCUGAAAGUAUAUUUGGUACUUUGGGAACUGAGGUUUAUUAUUUCAGUGCUUCAUUGUCCUAAAUGUCAUAGUGGAAGCCCAUCAAAAUGAGUGCUUCAUGUUUUCCCAGAGUACAUCUUAUGCUUAACUUGUAAAAAACACAAGUAAUGGAGGUAGAAAGGCUAGAGAGAGGUGGAGAGAGGACAAAAGUAAACACUGGCAUUCCCUACCUUCAACCCUCAACACACACAUAUACUGACUGACUCUGUGACCUUUAAGCAAAGAGCCUCACCCUUAAUGCUCUAGACAACUGUCUAGGACUAUUAGGUUCAGUGAAGUAACUGACCCACAUUGGUAGGGGGAGUUGCGAUACCUAGGAUAUAAUCAAUGAAAUUCCAGGCCCCUCUAUCCCCUCUUUGUGUAUUACAUGGCCGUAAGACAAUGGUUCACGUCCUCAUUCCUGGCACAUGAAGACCAUGUGGUCGAAGGCAUCAUUCCUAUUUGCUCAUUCUGGGUCAGUUUGCCAUGUUUUGCUUUUAUGUUGUGAGCCAUUAUCACUCUCUCAGGCUCUUGCCUCUGUCAGUCCUUAGUAAUCUAUACAUGUUGGUUGGUAAGUGAAAGAACAUACCAGGUGUUCUCCUCUGUUUGUUUAAAUUGCCCAUGAGGCUACUCAAAGAAUAAGAAGUUUGAUGUGCACAAGACCAGACUACCUUGUGAAUAAGGGUUAGUGGUGAAUUCUUGUUCCUCUGGAAAAUUUGUACUGUUUUUUUUUAUUCCUUUUACAAGUAAGUAAAGAAGAUUUUGUUUCUUUGGCCCCCUAGCAAAAUGUUGAAAAUCUCUAACUAUGAGGUUGGGUUAAAAGGGUCAAAAGAUCCUGGUAAGACCAGACAGAUGCUUUUAUGAUCCCUGAGACAAUGUAUUUCUCAAUGUCAAAGUCAUCCCAUAGUAGUCUGAAAGCCCCAUCAUGUGGGUAGUUCUUCUAGUGAUACAGAUGGAAACCCCUUCAAAUCUUAGGAGUUGUUGUAACCAAAAACCUCACCAUCUUACCAUCUGGUGGCCAGCUGUCCAGACAUGAACCUUUCUCUACUUGGCUGAGUUGGUCCUUGGAUGACUGACACAGAGUCCAUUGCAGGAGCUAUCCUCGAGCUCCUGGGGAGGGUCUGCUAGCGCUUGCACUGCAGGUAUAGUUCCAAAAUCUAGGGUCAUCUCACCUCUGAAGGAAGCAGCAAAGGAAGACUUUAUUAAAGAAAAGCAUAGUCAAUCUGAACAAACUGCUUUAGCUAUUAUACCUAGCUUUUUGUAAUAUUUAACAUAUUUUAAUUUCAAACAGUUCUCCCAAUGUAAUUUUCAAACAGAACAUAGUCACAGAUUCAUUGAACGUUAGUGCUGGAGGGCACCUUAAGAGUCAACCACUUUGGUCCCCUAAUUUUGCAGAGAGCCCAGCCAAGAACUAGAGUGGAGAGUGAGUUGUCCAAGGUCACAGAGUUAGAUGGAGAUAGAGCUUAGACUAGAAUCUAGGGCCUCUGACUUUUCACUACUAGGCUGCUACUUUUAAAACUGUAUAUUAAAUGGAAAAUUGACCUGAGUAUAAAAUAUUUUAUCCUUUAAUACAACAACUCCAGCAGGCUCCCACAAUGACAGGCCUCUUCAAUCAUUUAUUAAGUCAUUACUGAACUGCAGGACAUCUUAGAAUAGACACUGCAGCAAAACCAGUCAUCUAAUGCCCCUUGAAUAUCCUAGGAUUGGCUUCAUCUCUGGGAACUGCCCAGAGGGCAAGAGCUUUUCUAUAGGCACAUGCUCUUUUGGGGUAUCUGCUUUUUCCUGAGGAAAAAAGAAAAUAGCAAGAGUCCACAAUUAGGCGUUUGGGACAACUCUAGAUAAGCCCAUCUCAGAAGAUUUAGAGCUGGGGCAAAUCUUUAUGUCCCAUGCAUUUAUUCAGGUCAAAAUUGGCUCAAAUAGACACCCUAGUUGACCGUGAGGAGGAAAAGAAUUCUCACAAGGGCAACUUGAGAUGAGUUUUUGUUAAGAAAGAGAAGCACUCUCUUGCUCUCUCUGUAGCUCUCUCUCUCCCUCUCUCCUCUUUCCCCCUCCUUCCUUCCCUCCCCCUCUCUUCUUUUCUCCUUCCCCUCCCAUACCUUUCAAACCUGCCUCCCCUCCCCGCUCCAAGGUUGCCUUUGUGUGACAUUUCUUCCUAUUCAAAGUCACCUGUGGUAUCCAUUUGAACCAUAUUUCACCAGGAUAAACAUAUGGGAAACAGUGUAAUUUGGCUCAGCCCUGUAGCCUUUAGGGACUGACUGACCUAUAGUCAUCCCCAAUCCCUAAUUGUGGACGUAGAGAAAAAUAUAUGCCCGUAUAUACUUCAUACACAUACCAAUCUAUGAAGCACCUGAUUGGAGGGGACCCAUCCCCUUUUGCCCUUGGGUAGUAUGGAUAGAGGUUUCUGAUCUGCAGAUGGUGACAGCAUCAGGGUCUCCAGGAAGGGCUGGUGCCUCACACACUGUGGACACCACUGACCCUCCCAAUCCUCUACUUAGGGUUUUGUUGAUUCCUCCAGGACAAGGGUGUGCCCAGGAAGAACAAAUGACAGCAGUCCACAGCCCAGAUGGAGUAAGUACUCAUGCCCAGCAAAACGUCCUAAUGGGAAGACUACUAAAACUAUUGUGGUCUCUGCAGCAGGGAGGUGUGUAAACGGGAAAGAUUUUGCCCCUUGGGAAGAAACUCUCUACAACUCUCCCUGCUCAGAAAGAAGUUAAAAAUCCUGAGUCCUAGUCCUUCCUUGCUUUGAGCGAUUGACUAAUUGCUUUACCUCUUGGUUCUGGAUUUUCACUUAUAAAUUGGGAACUACAGUCCUUCUCUGUGCAACCCCACAAUAGGGAGGAUGCUGGAUUUGGAGUCAGGGGACUUGAAUCCUGGCUUUGGAACACAUGAUGAGUCACCUUGGACAAGUCACUUAACGUCUUUGGGCCGGUUUCUUUGUCCGUAAAAUCAGAGAGUUGUUCUAGAUGACCUUUAAUCUCUUCUGAUUAUAAUAUUCUAUGAGUCUGAGCAGCUAAAACCCUAGGCUGCAUAGAAUUGUAGAUUAUACUUUUCAUCAUUUAAGUAGCAAUAUCCCUCAUUUCUUCGCGAUGCUCUAGGAUCGUGCUUAAAUUAAUUAUGUUUAUGACUCAGAACUCUUUUUGCCCCCACAAUCUUGUAAGUCUGAAGAGAUGCCAUUGCAGCUGUGUCCUUAUUGGACAUGGUGGAAUAAAGUGUUUAUCCAUGCAGAUGAUAGUAUGCAAGAUGGGCUUCAGUUUUGAUUUUACUUUUGGUAAAAACAUUGAUUCUUAUUAGAGACAUAUUUCUGUGCUAACUUGGCUCUUGGUGGUUUGUUUACCUAAUGUAAGACUUCAUGUGAGUCUGGUAAAGUUUUUUUAAUUAUAAAACCUUAUAGUGUGCCUUUAGAAAAGAACAAAUGUUAUUUGUAUACAUAUUUCAAAUAGCAUCUAAAUUUAUUGUUAAUAUGUAUGCGCUUUUUCAAAAAAUGUUUUAAAGGGAUACAUUCUUCUUUUCAAAGAAAUAUGGGAAAGAUAUGCCCAUUCUUAUAUUCUUAUCUAUUCUAGAGACAGCAUGGUAUAGUCUAAAGAAGACUGUAUUUUGAACCAGAGGUUUAGGAUCAAUUCCUAGCCCUGCCACAACUCUUUGUGGUGCCCUGGACAAGUCAUUAGGCCUCUUGAGGUCCCAGUUUCUCCAUCUAUAAAAUGACUGAGGGCUGGACCAGAUGAUAUCUAAGACCACUUCUAGCUCUAAAUCCUAGGAUCUGAAAUUUAGCCUCAACUUUAGUCAGAUGUUCAUGUUCCUGUACAGAUAUUUAACUUUUGGCCUUUCAGUUGUCCUUGAACAUAGUUUAAUUUAAAAGUGGAACUAAUAGAUUACAUUUUACGAAAUAUGAUUAUCUAUUGAUUUCACAUUUUCAUAAAGGACUUCUACCUCCAAAGCAUUGUAGAGGCAAGAUUUUCUAAAUACUUGCCCAUCAUCACUUCAUUUGUAGUUGGGUCUCAGAGGUAUGUAGAUUGUUUUUUUCUAUUUUUAGUUUUCAACAUUUACUUCCUAUAAAAUUUUGAGUUCCAAAUUUUCUUGCCAUCUCUCCCCUCCCUGCACCCCAAGAUGGUGUGUAAUUUGAUGUAGACUCUACAUAUAGGUAUAUAAAUUUUUAAUUUGAACUAAGUAACCCUACCAGUCACAGAGUACAUGGUUAUUCAUUAUAUAUGCAAAUUAUCAAGGUGUCUAAAGCAGAGAGUCAGCAGAAAUCGUAACUAAAGAGAAGCUAAGGGAGUAGUGGCAGCAGUUUCUAACAGGGAUGUUAAAGGCAGAGCUUUAAGCUAGUAAUAAUUGCAUUAAGCUGUUUUCUAUUAAACUGUUAACAUAGAAUCUUAGAGUCAGAAGGAACUUGAGAGGUCAUCUAGUUUAAAUCUUAGUGUAAAUAGAUAAUCCAGUAUAAUAAGAUUACAUGAAAAAUUUUUCUCACAAAAGUAUUAAAAGAUCAAAACAGGUGUGUCAUCUGUUCUUCAUGCAGGACAGGGUAUAGUCCCAGAUGGGCCUUAAAUUGAGCAAAAUCGAAGACCUUGAAGAGGAAGAUCAUGAGUAUGAGGAAGAACUUUGUGUAUGUUUUUUUAUUUACUGUAACUCUGCUGAGAGAGUAGAGGAUGUUAAUGCUUGCAAACUCUAGAAGCAGAAGUGUAUUUUCUAGUACACUUAUUCUCAUUAGGUGCUUGGUCUUCUUAUGGAUCUCUUCCUGUGGUUUGCAUUUGCUGUUUUUCUCCUUGAGUGUUUUGGGAUAUAAUGAAACUAGAUAGAAAAUUAAGGCUAAGAAAGUCACAUUGUAUAGAAAUAAUUAGCCUAAAGUACCAUUGGCAGAGAUAAGCUCACUCUUUGAUCUCACUGACAAAUUUAUAUUAGGCAAAAUGGUAAUUGUUUUACCUGCUAAUUUGCAACUUUUAGAACCAGUACUUAGUUACUUUAUUUAUUCCCUCUCUGCAAUCCCUCCUGUUUAGAACUGUUACCUUCUCUAGGUACUGUGUGGUUGGUUGUAUAGUCAACAAAUACCAAUUAGGAAUUUGUUCAAAUACCUUUCAUACUUUGUGUUUUGCAUAUCAGAGAUAGGAAUAGGGACUGGACCUAUGAUUUCACUGGUAUAGUCAAUUUUUAGCUGAGGGAACUCGCUUUGCCAGGGCAGGUUGGCACUUGAGCAACUUAGGAGUCAAGAGAAUUGCUUAGAUCACACUGAGACAUUAAGUGACUUGACUGGGGUUACACAGCCACCAUGUAUCAAAGGUACAACUUAACCCAGCUGGUCUUGGCUUUGAGGCCAGCACUCUAUCCACACCAAUAUGCUUUCAAAUAUUAACUAAUUAUAAAUGUAGUGUAUGCAGUACAUGAUACAAAUAAAUGUGACGGAUAGCAGAUGUUCCACAAAACAAGAUGUGAAUAAAAAUUAUGAAUGCUAAUUGUGAUGAUACUCUAGUUUCCCAAAGAUGAUAUUGCAUCUGUUUCUUCUAAACAUUCUGUGAAACACCUAGCAUAUUCUCCCCCCGCCUUAAUUGGAAGUAUUAACCAUAUUUAAAUAUUUUAAAGCUGAUUUUACUUUGUAGAUGCUUAUGAACAACUUGUAUGUCCGCACUCAUUGUAGUCCUAAAAGAUGUAGGAAGCAAUAAAACUGGGAAAGAGAAAUAGUAACACAGGGGACUAGUUUGUGUGAUCAUUGGGAUCAGAGCCAGAGGGGAUUAUAGAGGUCUUCCAGUCCAACCUCUUCAUUGUUAAGAUUUUUAAAAAACUGAAGAGUAGAAACAAAAUGACUUUCAUAAAGUCACAUUUUUGGUCACUUUGUGUCUAACCUGGGCUCUCUGCCUCCAAGUUCAAUAUACUUUAUACUACAAGAUGUUCUAGGGUUCAUCUUUUCCCCCCCUCACAUUGUGUGGAAGUGUUCUAAUCAUAGCUCCACCCUGACCCUGAGGUCAUAGAAUCAUAUAGAUUAUUUAAAAAAAAUUUUUUUCAAUUAAUGAAAUCAAUGAAAAUACACCUUCCCACUAUUCCCUUUCCCCCAUUGAGAAGGAAAGGAAAACAAAGCCCUUGUAAUAAAUCAGUCAUACAAAUUUAUAGCUAGAAAGAGACUUCACAGGUUAUCUAGACCAACCCUCUCGUUACAAAUGAGGAAACUGAGGGGCACAGUAAUUUGCCCAGCUUCUUUUGAAGAGGAACCCAAUCUAGAUCAUCUGACUCUAAAUCCAGCAUAGAAUACUUUCCAACAUAAUCAAUGAAAUGAAUACAUGCGGACUGGUAUCUGGAGGCAUAAUGGAAUUUGAAUGUCAAACCAUGGCACCUGUGGUAGGCUAUAAUCUCUAGGACCACGAAUGUUUGUUUUGUGGUUUUUACUGACUGUGAGCCAUGAGAUACAAAUAGCUUGUCACAUUGGGGCUCAUUCCUCUAUAUUCCUAUAAAUGUUAUUUGUUUUCUUUGUAAAAUUUAAUUAUAUUUGAGCUACAAAUACUUUUGAUUUCCCUGAUUGCCAACUUUUGUUAGUCUCAUUAUAGUAUAGAAACCACCAUGUCUCUUUUUGUCAACAACCAGUGUAAGAACCAAUAUGACUUAAGACAUGUUGUCCAAAUACUUGAUUUUUUUCCUUCCAUAUUUGGGACUUAUUUGUUUAAUGUUUAAGGAUCUUAGCUGGGGUUAUCGGAUCAUAUAUUUAUAGACUUUCUAUUCAAAUAAAGAACUGGAAUUGUA